AUGGCUGACGAGAGACCUACGCCUCGGGAUGAAGAUAUCCCAGGCGGUUUCCCUGUGACGCCCAGUAUCAACUCAAUGAACCAGUUGACGCCCACUAUCGACACUGCUAAUAGGCUUGAGGCUGGUUUGGUAGGUCGUGAUACGGAAACUUCGGCUGGUUAUACGACCUAUGACAAUGUCACGUCUGGCCAAGAAGACAAUUACCGUUACAGCGGUAACGGGACUUCAGCGGCACUUGGUGCAUCUGCCGUCGGGGCUGCUACCGGGGGUUACUUGGCUUCUCAACACCCCCACGAGAACAACAUCCCAGCACAACAAACUUCCGACCAUGAUGGCAACAAUGCACCACCACCACCACUUUCUGAGCGACGCUCUUCCUCGAGCACAAUCCUUGCUCCUCACGAUGCGUCACCCAGCGAGAAGCGCAAGAACAGCGUAGUCGUCAACGAUGAUUCCUCCGCCGUCCCUUCUACUCCCAACGACCCAGUCUUCGCACCCAUAAAGUCGAACACCGACGAAAAACCCGACAGACCACCCUACGAGAAGCGUCAAUCCCACCGGACAGAAGAUGACCUCUUUCGAGUCCUGUCCCGUCGCAAGACGAAUGCAAGCACCCCGGCCGAGAAGGAAGAAGAGCGCGAAGACAAUGAAGAGCUUAAUCGACUCAUGUCCCGUAUCUUUGGACAAAAGCGACAGCAGCAGAGCGAGGAGGAAAAGACGCGCCAUAGCGGUGUCAUCUUCCGCGGAUUGACUGUUCGCGGCGUCGGUUUGGGCUCUAGUCUUCAGCCGACCGUGGGUGACUUCUUCAUGGGUCUCCCCCGAAAGCUGGCCAAGCUCUUUACCCAAGGUCCCAAAGCUGCUCUUGCGAAACCGCCUGUCCGUGACCUCAUUAGCAACUUUGAUGGCUGCGUGCGACCGGGCGAAUUACUGCUCGUUCUUGGUCGCCCUGGCGCUGGAUGCAGUACCUUCCUCAAGACCUUCUGUAACCAGCGCGCGGGCUUUGAGUCCGUCGAAGGAAAUGUUACGUAUGGCGGAACCGACUCCGCUGUUAUGGCAAAGGACUUCCGAGGCGAGGUCAUUUACAAUCCCGAGGACGACCUGCAUUAUGCUACGCUUUCAGUGAAGCGUACACUCAAGUUCGCUCUGCAGACGCGUACGCCUGGUAAAGAGUCUCGUCUUGAGGGAGAGUCUCGAGAAGACUACGUCCGCGAAUUUCUUCGUGUCGUUACCAAGCUCUUCUGGAUUGAGCACACGCUUGGCACAAAAGUAGGCAAUGAGUUCAUCCGAGGUGUUUCUGGUGGUGAGCGAAAGCGUGUCUCCAUUGCAGAGGCCAUGAUCACUCGUGCUUCGGUCCAAGGUUGGGACAACUCGAGUAAAGGUCUCGAUGCUAGCACAGCAGUCGAAUACGUCAAGUCCAUCCGCGCAAUGACCAACAUGGCCGAUACCUCCACUGCUGUAUCGCUCUACCAAGCCGGUGAACAGCUCUACGACCUUGUAGACAAAGUUCUACUUAUCGACCAUGGUCAAUGCCUGUACUUUGGUCGUUCUGAGGAUGCGAAGAAUUAUUUCCUCAAUCUCGGCUUCGAUUGCCCAGAGCGCUGGACAACAGCCGACUUCCUCACUUCCGUGACGGAUGAUCAUGAGCGCAGCAUUCGUAAGGGCUGGGAGAAUCGCAUCCCACGCACGCCUGAGGAAUUCGCCGAUGCCUACCGUCGGAGCGAAGAUUACCAGAAGAACCUUCGCGAUAUCGAUGAGUUUGAGGCCGAACUACAGACACUCGCUGAGGAGCGUCGCGCGCACGAGUCGGAAAAGAGCAAGAAGAAGAAUUACGAAAUUGCCUUCCACAAGCAAGUCAUGGCCUGCACACACCGUCAAUUCCUUGUCAUGUUCGGCGACAAGGCCUCUCUCUUCGGUAAAUGGGGAGGACUUUUGUUCCAAGGCCUCAUCGUCGGUUCGCUUUUCUUCAAUCUUCCUGAUACAGCUGCUGGUGCAUUCCCUCGUGGUGGUGCUCUGUUCUUCCUCCUCUUAUUCAACGCCCUGCUUGCCCUGGCUGAACAGACAGCUGCCUUCGAAUCCAAGCCCAUUCUUCUCAAGCACAAGUCCUUCUCGUUCUAUCGGCCCUCUGCAUUUGCCAUUGCGCAGACGGUGGUGGAUGUACCGCUUGUGUUUAUCCAGGUCAUUAUCUUCAACGUGCUCAUCUACUUUAUGGCGAAUCUGGCUCGUACAGCAUCGCAGUUCUUUAUCUCCUGUCUUAUUCUGUGGCUUGUCACAAUGGUGACGUAUGCUUUCUUCCGUGCCAUCUCUGCGUGGUGCGGGACUUUGGAUGUCGCCACGAGAUUUACUGGUGUCGCUAUUCAGAUCCUUGUCGUGUAUACCGGUUAUCUCAUCCCGCCCGACUCGAUGCACCCCUGGUUCGGGUGGCUGCGAUGGAUCAAUUGGAUCCAGUACGGAUUUGAGUGUCUGAUGGCCAACGAGUUUUACAACCUUUCGCUCAGUUGUGAAGGUCAAUACCUCGUUCCGCAAGGCCCUGGUGUCCAGGCUCAGAACCAAGGCUGUGCAUUGGCAGGUUCAACUCGUGGAUCAACAACUGUCUCUGGUGCCGACUACAUUCAGCAAUCCUUUACUUACACACGUGCUCAUCUUUGGCGCAAUUUUGGCUUCUUGUGGGCUUUCUUCUUCUUUUUCGUGUUCCUUACUGCCUUGGGCAUGGAACUUAUGAAGCCUAACAUGGGAGGUGGUGCUAUCACUGUCUUCAAGCGCGGCCAAGUCCCCAAGAAGGUCGAGGAGUCAAUCGCUACCGGUGGUCGGGCCAAGGGCGACAACAAUGACGAAGAGUCUGGUCGAAGCAAUCCUGUCGCUACUGGUGACGCUGAACGUACCAAGAGCGAUGAACAGGUUACUCAAGAAGUUGCUAAGAAUGAGACCGUCUUCACAUUCCAGAACAUCAACUAUACAAUCCCCUUCGAGAAUGGCGAGAGGAAGCUUCUUCAGGAUGUCCAAGGCUACGUUCGCCCUGGUAAACUCACAGCUCUCAUGGGCGCUUCAGGUGCGGGUAAGACAACCCUCCUCAACGGUUUAGCCCAGCGUCUCAAAUUUGGCACCAUCACUGGUGAUUUCCUUGUCGACGGCCGCCCUCUCCCCAAAUCCUUCCAGCGCGCGACCGGCUUUGCAGAACAGAUGGACAUCCACGAACCGACCGCUACAGUCCGCGAGGCCCUUCAAUUCUCCGCCCUCCUUCGACAACCGCAAGAAGUCUCAAAGGAGGAGAAGAUGGCCUACUGCGAGACCAUUAUCGAUCUUCUUGAGAUGCGCGAUAUCGCUGGCGCUAUCAUUGGUGCCGUUGGCCAAGGCCUCAAUGCCGAGCAGCGAAAGCGUUUGACUAUUGGUGUCGAGCUGGCUUCUAAGCCUGAACUGCUCAUGUUCCUCGAUGAACCUACCUCUGGUCUUGACUCGGGGGCUGCAUUCAACAUCGUCCGCUUCCUACGCAAACUCGCCGACGCAGGCCAGGCCGUCCUUUGCACUAUCCAUCAGCCGUCUGCUGUCCUCUUUGAGAACUUUGAUGAGCUCCUCCUCCUCAAGUCGGGCGGCCGUGUCGUCUACCACGGACCUCUGGGACAUGAUUCGGAGAACCUCAUCAAUUACUUCGAGUCUAAUGGCGGCCCCAAGUGCCCUCCCCACGCCAAUCCGGCCGAGUACAUGCUCGAUGCCAUUGGUGCUGGCAACCCCGACUACGAUGGUCAAGACUGGGGUGACGUUUGGGCCGAUUCGUCCGAGCGCGAGAAGCGUGCGAAGGAGAUUGACGAGAUCAUUCAACACCGUCGCAACGUUGAGCCUUCUAAGAGCCUGAAAGAUGACCGUGAAUAUGCUAUGCCUAUAUCCACCCAAACCUGGGCCGUAGUUCGUCGCAGCUUCAUCUCGUACUGGCGAUCGCCCGACUACAUCUUUGGCAACAUGAUGCUUCAUGUCGCGACAGGUCUCUUCAAUUGCUUCACCUUUUACAAGGUUGGCUUUGCUUCAAUCGACUACCAGAACAGACUGUUCUCCAUCUUCAUGACGCUUACCAUCAGCCCGCCGCUUAUCCAGCAGCUGCAGCCCGUGUUUCUAAAAUCGCGUCAGAUCUUCCAGUGGCGCGAGAACAACGCAAAGAUCUACAGCUGGUUUGCAUGGACCACUGCCGCUAUUAUUGUUGAGAUACCCUACCGCAUUGUCGCAGGCGGUAUCUACUUCAAUUGCUGGUGGUGGGGUGUCUUUGGCUGGCGGGCGUCGAGUUUUGUCUCAGGCUUUGCAUUCCUCCUCGUUCUCCUCUUCGAGUUGUAUUACACGAGUUUUGGUCAAGCUAUCGCUGCAUUCGCCCCUAAUGAGCUGCUCGCCUCUCUUCUCGUCCCCAUCUUCUUCCUGUUCGUCGUGUCCUUCUGUGGUGUCGUUGUCCCACCAGAGGGUCUACCCACCUUUUGGCGAGAGUGGAUGUACUGGCUCACGCCCUUCCACUACUUACUCGAAGCUUUCCUUGCUGCUGUAAUCCACAAUCAGCCUGUUCGUUGUGAGCAGGGUGAGUUUGCACGCUUCGAGCCUCCUUCGGGCCAAUCGUGCGCCGAGUACACAAAGUCAUUCAUUGAGAUGGCUGGUGGCUACGUCCAAACUGGCGAGAACGGCAUUUGUGAGUUUUGCCAGUAUGAGGUUGGCGAUCAAUUCGGUGCUAGUUUUAGUGUGUACUACAGACACAUUUGGCGGGACUUUGGUAUCUUCUGCGCCUUUAUCGCGUUUAAUUAUGCUGUUGUCUAUUUCGGCACAUGGCUCAAGUUCCGCGGUAAGAAUCCGUUCAAGAAGAUUAUGCAGAAGCGCAAAUCUUAG